AUGACGUGUGACGUUAGAGCCACAGGUCUGAAGUCUUUUGGAGCGCUGGGUCGUCCUUUCUUCGGGACAGGGACUACGCAGGAUGUCUUCCAGAGUGUUGGCACCUUUUUCAACCUCAGGGAGAGGCCGAAAAGAUUUCUAACCCCAUUAAGUUCAACCUGUAUUCCUUUUCCAACAGAACUUGAAAAACAAGGUGCGGCGUCUUCUCAGGUCUUCCUGGUGUCUAGUUUUGAUCUCCAUUUGUACGACUUCUCAACCCUCCAGGACACCAUGGAGGAAGAGAUUUCUUCACUGAAGAAAUAUGCUCUGACCUUGGCCUUUCCCAACGUCGACCAGAACAGCAUUAACAAAAAGAAAGAGGCUUUCAGAUCACAAAUAAUCUCAUAUGCUUGUCUGUCUGCAGCUGUAGCAGCUGUACCCAUCCCAGGGUUGUCCUUUGGUGUUGAUGUAGGCGUUCUAGUCAGUCUUUUUCAAAGCUAUUUGUUUGGGUUUGGUCUUGACGUAGCGACGUUGAAGAAACUUUCAACUAAAUCAAACAUCCCUUUAGAAGAUUUAAGGGCAGAAUGUAAAUGUACUUUGUCUGGACAAGAGAUCAAUGCAAGGGUUGUUACUACAUUUCUGAUUUCUGUUUCAUUUAUGGCGGCGGCUGUGGCAGCAGAGGAAAGUCUCGGUUGGAUUCCCAUUCUUGGAUCCAUGAUUGCCGCUUCAUUAUCUUUCGUUUCCAUGAAGAAAUUUUUGAAUAUUGCUCUUGACGGCCUAUUUGAUGAUGCAAUAAAUGUCCAGAAAAAAGUAUUGAACAUUAGGUAAUGUUGUAGCCAUUAGCAAUGAGGAACAAUAGCUUAAACUAAAACAAAUGUUUGAAAAUGCAAUAGGGAAAAACUAAUUAAAUUGUCAGUAAUAGAAAGUGUGUUUGUUAAUCUUCUGAUUUUAUUUUAAGUGCAGGUGUAACAUGCCGAAAAUCAUUUGGUUAAUUUUUUUUUCAAUGGGCAUGAUAUGUCCAGGCCUGUUUUAUCCACAGCAGGACUAACAGGGCCAGUGCCCAGGUGCCCAUAGCCCCGGGAAGGACCUGGACCCAAAGUGUAUUUUUAAUAUUAAUUAAUAGAUAUUUUAAGACCUCAUUCUUUUGUCCUGUAUGUUAAGGCUAACUAAUUAAUGUCACAGUAAAGUUAAACGUUGCCUGCCGUAUGAAUGUAUUUACCAUGCUUAAAGGAAGCCAUUAUCUGGCCCAUGUAUCUCCAUUUACUCCAUUUGACACCCCUGAGAUGAACCCUUGUUAAUUAUACUGACUUAUAUGUUAAAGUGAAAUAGUUCAUAUUUCAGUCAGGGUCAAACACUGCCUGCUUUUUGGAUGUAUUGUACAAUCACAUACAGUGGUAUUGUUUUCAAUUGUUUUAUUGCCUGUUUAUGCUCUGAGUAGAAGUGAUGUCAUUGUACUCAUGCAUGUCUCAUUUUUAUGUUUAGCCAUAAAUGUGGUAAAGGUCAUUGUUUCCUUUUGAUUCUACAUGGCACCUCUCAUAAGCACAUAUGGUAUAGCAUGUCUGUUUUAAUUAUUAAGCUGGAUUUUAA